AUGACAGAACAACUGCCCAUGACGAAGUUUCCUGUAAAAUUAACAACAGCAGCUGUUGUAGAGAGCAAAGUGACUACGCCUUCAACUUCUGUUGAAUUAGAAAAUGUACAGAAUAUAGGUAAAUCAACCGUUCCUCUAGCAAUAGCAAAUGUAAAGGAAAUUUCAUCAAUAACAGUAGUUACAGAGCAAACAUCUAAUAAAACCAAGACAGAAGCAAAUAUGCUUCUAGUUAAAGAGCCCAAAACAGAAACACAUGCAACAAUAUCAGCCACAGAUAAAGUACACAAAACAAUGGAUUCUAUACCAAUAGCAUCUAAAGAAAAAGAAACGAAAACAAAAGCACCAGCUAAGUUGGUGACUACAGAAAAAACAUCAAAUGCACUAUUCAUUACAACAAAGGUGCCUGAAGAGAGAGAGACCAAGGAAAAGAUACCUGCAACAGGAAUAGCGUCAGAGAUAGUAUCACAGAAGAUACUACCUACUUUAUUGAUACCAACAGAAAAAGAAUCAGUAAUUAUUGGGAAAUUACCUGAAAUAAUGGUAACUUCAUCAUAUUUAUCUACAGGGCAGCAUUCCAAAACAGAAAUAAGUGCAGAUCAAGCUACAGAAAAAGGACCCCAAAUGACAGGAACCCCUACAGAAGUAGUAGUUACGACGAAAAUACUUCAAAAACUAUUAUCUACAGCAAAGACAGAAGUACCUACAGCAAUAGCAGUUACUGAGAAAAUACCCAAAGUGAAAACACCUUUAGCAACAGAGGCAGUAGGAAAAGCAUCAAGUACAAAAUCAGUAACAAGCGGUAAGGCACUAACGCCACAAAUGCCUGAUGCAUUGCUAGGCCCAGAGAAUGAACCUACAGCAAUUGAAACAUCAGGGAAUGAACUAGAAAAAGCAGAUACUACUAAGAAGGUAGUCAACUCUGCAGCCUAUUCAGCAAUAAAAACAACAGCCUUUGCAGAAGUGGCACCUAUAAAGAAAGAACCUACAGUGUUAAUAGGUCCAGAGAAAAUACAAAAAUCAACAAUGAUUGCAGCAGAGGUAGCUCCAGAUAAAGUAAUCAUCCCUACAGAAAUAAACACAAUUAAAAAGCCAGCAACAUCUUUAGCUGAGAAGACAUCUAUAAACAGAGUCCCUGACGUGGCUGGAGAUGAAAUAACUAAAAUACCAGAAACUCAAGCAAUUUUAGAUGAAGAAAAGGUGCACAAAACUACACUAAACUUUAUCCAUCCGGAGGAAAGUAAAAUACCUUUUGAAUUAUUACCUCCUGCAAUUGUAACUACUGAAAAGGUUCCUAAAACCACAGAGCAAGCAAAAGUAAUAAUUAAAGAUGAAUCAUCAUUAACAGCAAGGUAUCCUAACAAUGUAUCAGCAGAUGAUAUAUUGCCUACUUUAAUAGUAGGUGCGGAAACUGUUCCUAGGACAACAGUAUCCACAGUAUCCAUAGCCAAAGCUAAAAUUCCCAAUGCGCCAGAGACAACUAUGAUGAAAGGGACAGAACAGGCACCUAGAAUAACACCUACACCACCAACGACUGUACAGAAAUUGCCUAACAAAAUUGUAACUACCCUUACAGAAAUAACAAGUAGACAUUACCAGUAA